AUGCUGGCCUUGCUCGCCGCAACCUUUGUCCUGGUCGCCAGCAGAGGCUCUUCGGCCCCCGGCCAAGACACACAGGCCACCCGGUUUGUCUGCACCUCCAUCCCCCUGGACGCGGACCCGACCUGCCCGGUGCCACCAAUGCCCAUACAGGUGGGCUCGUCCCAGGAGCAAGACCUGCGUGCCACGGUGAUGCAGCUGAGGGAGACCAUCCUGCAGCAGAAAGACACCCUCAGUCACCAGAAGGAGACCAUCAAGGAGCUGACCGGCAAACUGAGCCGGUGCGAGAGCUCCCAAAUGGAAGCUAAGAACAAGGGAGGCCGGAGGAAGCUGUUCGACCGGAUGCACGGCAAGGACACGAUGGGCGAUCUCCCCAGAGACCACGGCAAACUGGUCGACCACUUGGGCCGGACCAUACAGACUCUGAAAGAUAGACUCGGCAACUUGGAGCAACAGACGCGUCCCAAUCUCUCCAACCAGGUUUUGCCCAGCGAGCUCCGAGAGCAGCUUCAGAGGAAGCUCGGGGAACUGGAAAGUCAGCUCCUGAACAAAGUCUCUGAACUUGAAGAUGAGAAGUACCUGCUUCUGAAUGAGACGGCGGCACACCGUCACAAGACUGAGUCAGUACUCAAUGCUUUGCAUGAAAGGGUUACUGAGCUGGAGAAAGAGAGCAGUGGUUUUAACUCGCCCGACGAUUUCAAGGUAUCAAUGCCUUUACAAACGAACUACCUGUAUGCUAAGAUUAAGAAGAGCCUUCCUGAAAUGUACGCCUUCACCAUCUGCAUGUGGAUUCGAUCCAGACUGUCGUCCAGUAUCGGAACACCAUUCUCCUACGCUGUGACUGGGCAGUCAAAUGAAAUUGUGCUUAUUGACUGGGGAAAGAAUGCAAUCGAAUUACUCAUUAAUGACAAGGUAGCCCAGAUGCCUAUGGACAUCAACGAUGGCAAGUGGCACCACAUCUGUGUAACGUGGACCACCAGAGAUGGCAUGUGGGAGGCUUAUCAAGACGGCCAAUUGCGUGGCACAGGAGAGAACCUGGCUCCUUGGCACCCAGUCAAAGCAGGCGGAGUCCUCAUCCUGGGCCAGGAACAGGACUCGGUUGGAGGGAGGUUCGAUGCAUCACAGGCAUUUGUUGGUGAACUGAGUCACUUCAACAUCUGGGACCACAUUCUCAUGUCCGAUGUUAUCCGGAGCAUAGCCAACUGUUCUGCCAACCUGGCCGGCAACGUCAUUCCCUGGGUUGACAACAACGUGGACGCGUUCGGUGGAGCAACCAAGUUGCCACUGGAGACCUGCCGGGAGCGCUUGGUUAGUUCCUGA